AUGGUUAAAAAAGUAGUUGAUUCGCGUGUGCACACACUAAUUAAAAACUGUGUACAAACCAAGCACAGAUCGUUUUUUGUAGUCGUUGGUGAUAAAGGCAAAGAUCAGGUUGUUAAUUUGCACUGGCUUCUAUCACAAGCCCAAGUAACUGCUCGUCCCUCUGUACUAUGGUGUUAUAAGAAAGAACUUGGUUUUACAAGUCACCGUAAGAAGCGAGAGAAGAAGAUUAAAAAUGAUAUUAAAAGAGGCAUUAGAGAUGUGAAUAAGGAAGAUCCUUUUGAAUUGUUUAUUACCGUGACCAAUAUUCGCUACUGUUACUAUAAAGAAACACAAAACAUUCUUGGUAAUACUUACGGCAUGUGUAUCCUCCAAGAUUUUGAAGCCAUUACACCCAACACUUUAGCUCGUACCAUUGAAACAGUUGAAGGCGGAGGUAUGGUAGUUUUAUUGUUGAAGAGCAUGAAUUCUUUGAAGCAACUUUAUACUAUGACAAUGGAUGUUCAUAGUAGAUACCGUACCGAGGCACAUAGUGAUAUUAUUGCUAGAUUCAACGAACGUUUCAUUUUAUCACUGGGAUCUUGUGAGAGUUGUUUAGUUGUGGACGAUGAAUUAAACGUCUUACCUAUCAGUAUGGGCAAGCAUGUAAAGCCAUUACCAGUCAAACCGUCCGACGAAAAAACACCCGAGGAAAUUGAACUUGCAGAAUUGAAAGAAUCACUGGCCGAUACAGAACCAGUUGCAUCUCUCGUUAAGGGUGCUCGUACCAUUGAUCAAGCAAAGGCAGUCUUAACAUUCAUUGAAGCAAUCUCAGAAAAAUCACUUCGUAGUACAGUUACUUUAACUGCCGGUCGUGGUCGUGGUAAAUCUGCGGCUCUCGGUAUUGCAAUGGCAUCAGCUGUUGCAUACGGUUAUUCCAACAUUUUUGUCACAUCACCUAGCCCUGAAAAUCUAAAGACCUUGUUCGAGUUUGUAUUCAAAACAUUCGAUGCACUUGGUUAUGAGGAACAUCUUGAUUAUGAUAUUGUCCAAUCUACCAACCCAGACUUUAACAAAGCUAUUGUACGUGUCAACAUUUUCAAACAACACCGUCAAACUAUCCAAUAUAUUCAACCUCAGGAUGCUCAUGUUCUUGGACAAGCUGAACUUGUGGUUAUUGAUGAAGCGGCUGCUAUUCCUUUGCCUUUAGUGCGUAAAUUGUUAGGUCCUUAUCUUGUUUUCAUGGCCUCUACCAUCAAUGGUUACGAAGGCACAGGUCGAUCACUCUCACUUAAAUUGAUUCAGCAAUUGCGUGAACAAUCUCGUGGCUUUGCGGGUAAAAAUAAUGAUGAUGCAGAGGGUAUUGUUGUGAGCCGUGAUUCACAGUCAAAGAAGGCUGAAGGUGCUGAUGCUAGUCUUAGUGGUCGUACUUUGAAGGAAGUCAAGUUAGAAGAGCCUAUUCGUUAUGCACCCAAUGAUCCUGUCGAAAAAUGGUUGAACAAAUUGUUAUGUUUAGAUGCUACUGUUGUAUCGAAGAACAUUCAAGGUUGUCCACAUCCUUCUGAAUGCGAGCUUUAUUACGUCAAUCGCGAUACACUCUUCUCUUACCAUCCAGUUUCUGAAACCUUUUUGCAGCGUAUGAUGUCUUUAUAUGUUGCCAGUCAUUAUAAGAACUCUCCCAACGAUUUGCAAUUGAUGAGUGAUGCUCCCGCUCAUCAUUUAUUUGUUCUUUUGCCUCCUGUGAAUCAGAAUUCAAACAGUUUACCUGAUCCUCUUGUCGUCGUACAAGUCUGUUUGGAAGGUGAGAUUUCUCGUCAAAGCGUUAUCAACUCCCUCUCCCGUGGUCAACGUCCUGCUGGUGACAUGAUACCUUGGUUGAUUUCUCAACAAUAUCAAGAUGAUGACUUUGCUAGUCUUUCAGGUGCCCGUGUUGUACGUAUUGCCACACAUCCCGAUUAUUCUAAGAUGGGUUAUGGCUCAAGAGCUCUUGAGCUGCUCACCGAUUUUUAUCAAGGCAAAGCCAACAAUCUAAGUGAAUCCACAAGCAAUGGAGAUGACUCACUUCCUCUUGUCCACGAUUACGAAAUCGAGAAUGCUAAUCUGAAGACAGAUCAAGUGAAGGUUCGAGACCCUAGCAAGAUGCCACCUUUGCUCACUAAAUUGGAAGAAAAGCCUGCUCAACGUUUGGACUAUCUUGGCGUAUCUUAUGGUCUCACACCCGCUUUGCAUAAAUUCUGGAAACGUGCUGGUUUCGUUCCUCUCUACUUGCGUCAAACUGCGAAUGAAUUGACAGGUGAACACUCUUGUGUGAUGAUCAAGGCUCUCACAGAUACUGAGGAUUCGCGCGUAGCCAAUGCAGCAUGGCUUGAUGCUUUUGCUCGCGAUUUCUCUAAGCGUUUCUUCAACCUUUUAUCCUUUAACUUUAGAGAUUUUACUGCUGUUAACGCCCUUAGUAUUAUUGAUGCUGCACGACAAGGUCAAGACACUGAAGUUGAAGGUGGACGUGAAUUGAACAAGGACACUUUGUCGCUUUUCUUCACUCCUUAUGAUUUGAAGCGUCUUGAAUCAUAUGCCAACAAUAUGCUUGACUACCAUGUUAUUCUUGAUAUGAUUCCCACCAUUGCUGAAUUAUAUUUCAGAGGAGAAAUGCCUGCUGAUAUCAAACUCUCCGGCGUCCAAAGCGCUAUAUUAUUGGGCAUUGGUCUCCAGCGUAAAUCUAUUGACCAAUUACAGGAGGAACUAUCGCUUGCUAGUAAUCAAGUCCUUGCUCUCUUUGUCAAGAUUAUUAGAAAGAUUUCCCAAUACUUUGCCGAUGUUGAAUCGAAGGAAGUCGCAAAGACUGUUCCCUCACUUAGCAAUAGUAAGAAAGUAAAUGAAGAGGCAGGAGAUAAAGAGAGCACAUCAGCAGCCAAGCGUAAUGCAGCAGACGAUGACGCUUGGAAACCAUUGAAAGAGAACCUUGAAGAAGAUUUAGAGGAAGCUGGAGACGAAGUUAUAAGCGAAUUGAAGGCUAAGCAAAGAGAGUUGAUCGAUUCUCUCGAUUUAAGUAAAUACGCCAUUGGUGGUACGGACGAAGACUGGGCAACAGCUGAACAACGUGUAAAAGCUUUAACUUCCGGCAAAAAGGGUGGUGUCAGUUCUGUGGUUAGUAUCAAGAAUGAGAAUUCAUCAAAAAAGAGAAAACUAGAGAGUGCACAACAAAUGUCUGAAAAAGAAAAGAAACGCCUCGAGAGUAAGGUCAAAAUGUCCAAGAAAGCUAAGCGUUCUUAG